CAGUCUGUGCGCGCGCGUGCGUGUGUGUAUGUGUGUACGCGCACCUACACAGGCGGAUGACGAACCACACAAACCUGUCUGAAAAUGAUCCGCGCACCGAAACUCCGGAGGAGCCGGUGAGCUGCGGAGCGCGGAGUUUAUAUUAGACCCGCUCCGGGAGGAUGGCGAUGUUUGUGGCCCAUCCGUCGGUCCGUAUCAGGGGUACAGAGCACACGUACAGCCCCGUCCUGUGCCAGGAUGAGAAGUGUGAUGGGUGUGAGAAGGGCGUCCACAUGCACUGUCCGCUGUGUACAGCAGGCGAGGCCUACCAGGAUCUGAUCAUCCUCAGGGCUCACUUCCGCAACAAACAUGUCGACAAGGGCAUCGACUUCGCAGGCUUGAAGGUGUUGCGCUGCUGUAACCACUGUGAGAUUGUGGGCACCAUUAAAGGCGAGAAGAGGUUCAAAGGAGCCCACUGGCACUGCUACCGCUGCAGGAACGGCUUCAACAGGAGGGACGAGGCCAUCAAGCACUACAAGACGCACUUCCGAAACCCACACACCACCUUUCAAAUUCAGGUCACGCAGGAUGUGAACUGCAGGCAGUAUUACAGCAGCAGUACAGAGGCCAAUGUUAAAGCAUACAGUGGGCUGGCUGUGAGUUCAGGGGGAGACGCCACAGCUGCUGUUGGAUCCAUUGUGACACAGCCGGUCCUGACAACCACUUCAGACACUGAGGGAACCACUUUACUCACUGUAGAGCCAAAGGAAGAUGGCGAGAGUAAUGGCAUUCCACUGGGUGCGGAGGAGGAAGUUGGCUCCUCCCAGCAUGCAUCAGAGCGAACCCAGACCCUAGUUCUAAUGGACCCUGAUGGACACACGGGUAGCCUGAUCUAUGAUGAGGCAACAGGAAUCCUUACAGAACAGAGUGGGGAGAGUUUGGAGAAACGUCUGCUGGAGGUCAAUCAACAGAUAGACACUCUACGGCAGGAGAAGGAGAGCAUGGAGAAGAAUCUACGUGCUGAAAUUAAACAGCUCAAAGAACAGGUUGCUAGUCUAGUUCAGGCCAACGUGAAGAUGUUUGAGGAGCUACAGGCGUACCAGUGUCCAGACCACAGCCAGCAGCGAGUAACAAAACUGAUGGAGACCCUUCAGGCCCAGCAUAAAGAGCUGCUUCAGGCUCAGUUGGCCUCUCUGAGGCAAGAGCUUCUCUCUCAGACCACUACCCUGCCCCUCAAUGGCCACACAGAGACGAUAGAACUCAGUGCCACCCCAGAGUCGUCUCACACCCACGUGGAGAUGGAGGUCCAGGGGACUAUAGGAGGCUCACUAACAGGACUGGAGAUCAUAGAGGUGCAGCUGCAGUCAGAACAAGAUGAACUGAGGGGGCAGCUGGUGGAGUUCGGACCCGUGCAGGCCGAAACCUGCAUACCCAGCCUGGACAGCCCCAGAUUGGACACUGCUUUACAGGACACAGCCCUGACCACAACCCAGGACAUGGUGGUUAAACAGGAUAACGUUCUUCCAGUUCCAAGAAAGCGCAGUUCAGAGGAUGACUGUGGAGAAACGAGUGAAAACAAAGUCCCCCGGGUUAGCUGAUGCCAGCAGGUCUUUGAAGAACAUUUCCCUACAUAGAUCUCAUCUGCUCAGAAUCAGACUCUGGCUUUUUCUUUUACCUGUCACAUGUACAGUAUUUCUCUGAUCCUUUAAAUACAUUGUUUAAAAAACAAUUUGAAACACCUUUAUUUUUAAGAGUGUACAUAUUAAAUAGCAUCUUCAAAAAAAACAUUUUCAUGUACUAUGGUUAUUUUUGUGGCCUGAUGCUGAAUUAUAUCAUUUCCUUGAUUUGCAAAAAC